GUGACUAUGGCUUGAGUUUACCUCUUGGAGAAGAAUAUGAACGAAAAAAACAUAAACUCAGAGAGGAACUUCGACAAGAUUAUAGGCGAUAUCUUUCUCAGAAAAAUUAUCUGACUACUGGUGAAGUAGAUCCAUAUACUCAGGGAUUAUCUCUUCCUAUUGAUGAGCGAAGAUCUGCCAAGGAGAAACUACGACUUGAAAGAAACAAGGAGUACAAUCAAUAUCUCAGGGAAAAAGAAGAAUGGAAUGAAAGGCUAAGGAAUUUAGGGAAGAAAAACAGAGAGAAUGAGAUGGUCACCGAUAAAAAACCUAUUGCUGUUACUAGGCAUCAGCCAGAACAACAUGCAGAAGUGCAGCCCCAUAAUACAGGUGCAGAACCUCCCAAGAGGGAUGCCUUUACUUCUACAGAAGGUUAUGAAGAGCUGCAAAAUAAGAGAUGGCUGGAGGAAGACAGGUAUCAUAGGUUAGAUGAUGAGGUUGAAUUAAGAAGUCGGCUGUUAAAUAGAAGACUUGAUGAUGAUUUGGAUGUUCCCAAUCGAAGACAUCGUGGAUUUGCUAGCCAAGCAGUAAUUCCUAUUAGGAAGCAUCAUGGAUUUGCUGAGGAUUGUGAUUUUGGUAGAAGAUACUACAGAAUGGACUAUGAACCUGAAAUAAGUGAAGAAAUGGACCCUAGGUUUAGAUGUGAAAGCGCUUAUAACAGAAAAACUCCUCGGGGUUUUUAUGCUGAAAGGCCCUUUCUGGAUGGACUAGUAAAAGAUCUGCCUGCAGCUGAUGAAGAUGACUUAAAGGAGAGAGCACAUGUACAGCAGAUCUCAAGAACUGGAAACUCUAGAAAUCAGGUGCAAAUUAGUUCUUCAGCUAACGAACAGGCCAAGUCUGCAGCUGAAAUGCCUCAUGCAACAGGCCUUUUUCUUGGUGGUCAGGACCGAGAACUUCUCCAAAGGAAAAAAGAAAAAUACAGGCAAGAAUUAAUAGAACAGAUGGCUGAGCAACAGAGAAAUAAGAGACGUGAGAAGGAACUUGAGCUCUUGGUUGCUGCUUCUGGAGCUCAAGACCCAGAAAAGAAGCCAAAUAGGUUGAAACAGUUUGGCUUGACAGCAAGAGCUUCUGAAGAGAAAGUACCUCCUGAAAGGCCCAGGGUGGCUUUCCAGACUCAAGUGCCUGUUCCUACAGUCUCCACAGUGAAUGAAGACUUUCACAGGGGGCUAGCCAGCACCCUUGGUGAAAUUGCAGCUCCCAG